UAAUGAAGAUUGAAUUUGACCUACUAACUUAUAUUGUACGGUUUAAUAAAAUGUUUCAUACAUUGAAGUCAAGUACAUAUAUCUACUUAAGAUCAAAAUUUAAACACGUUUAUGAAAAUCAUGAUUUCGAUUUAAUAAUAUCGAUAAAUUUUAUCGAGAGCUUGUAAAAUACUCGAAUAGGCUGAUUUUCGAAAGUAUGUCCUAUGUAUUAGUAUUCACUUAUGAGUGAGCGAGGGAAAACAAUGUUGACACGAAGCCAAGUUUAAGAUUGUGUAACUGUUAGUUUUGAUAGAACCGUAUUAGUUCUAGGACGUCGAAUCGGAUCGCAAAAAUAAUUAAUCUGUGUAGUGUAGAAUAUCAGUAUUAUUCAUCAGUUUUAAAAAUUUGUCGCAAAUAAAAAAAAUGUUUCGAAUUUUAAUGAAGCAAGAUUAUUUUCAAAGUAAAGAUAAUGCAGAGGACAUUAUUAAAUUACAAGAUUAUUUGAUUCGCUACAACAUUACAGAAGAAAAAAUAAAGGACAGAGGGUUAACAAGGACUAUACUAUGUCAGGGGACGAAAGCAUUUGCAAAAAUGAAUCCAACGACGUUAGAAUUGGACACAUUUCAACAUGCGAUUCUUAACUUUACAAUUGGUCACUUGAAAAAAGUUAAGCUAUUUCGAAUAAAUUAUGGCAUAUUGCUCGUCGCUUGCGUUGAACAUCUCCUCUACCCCGAGGAAGACAAUGAAGAAUAUAUGAUGAUAUAUUCUUGCGACGAAGACAAGGCGAUCAAAGUAUAUCGUACACUGCGAGGUUUUCCGAGUACUCCCGACGGUACCUUAUCUAGAUCGGCUAGAUCUUUCUUCAAUUGCACGAAGUUUUUAGAAGACAAUCAAUACUUGAAAGCAAUAAGAUCAUAUUUGAGAAGUCUUCAAUUUGAUAACGAGGAUAUGCAAUACAUAAGGGAAAAAUCAAUUAAAUUAAUACUUGGUAAUGAAGUUAAUGACAUUGUUGAGCUGCCGGCAAACUGUGAAAUUGGUCGACUUCCAAGAUCCGACGCUCAACUCCCUCAACUAAUUAAUCGAGAAUUUUUCGAAAAAAAAUCAAAUGCGCGUUUUAUUAUUAAUUUAGUAGAUUGUUUGAAUAACCAAUACAAUAUUUCAGAAGAAUCUUUGAGGAUGUUAAUUUUGAGCCGAGGGGGUGUUAAUUUUGUAAGCCGUAUGCUACGCGAAGUAACAAGGUCGUUUGACUGGCGUCCAUCUAGGUUGCAAUUAAUCUCGUUUCGGAAUACGAUUCUUGAUUAUACAAUUGAUCAUUUGAAGACCGUUAAUCUGUAUCGAAUAAAUCAUGGCAUAUUGACCGUCGCUUGCGUCGAAUAUGCCCUGUACCCCGACGGCGAUAAUGAAGAAUAUAUGAGAAUAUAUCGUUGCGACACAGAAAUGGCGACCGUGUUGUAUAAUAGACUGUAUGGGUAUGAAGAAGACACGCCGCAAGACAGUCAUGUGGUUGAAUCGACUCGAUCUUUUUUUAGAUGCCCACAGUUUUCAAGAAACAUUCCAUGCUUGGAUGCAAUUAGAUUAUACUUAAGUAGCAUUGAAAUCGAUAACGUUGAGUUGGAAGAUAUAAAGAAAAAAUCAUUAGAAUUGAUUAGUGUACCGCCAGAAGUACACGCAUUGCGUCUAAUUGGACCUGGCCAAGGGAUAUUAAUGAAUGCAACAUAUUUUCGUGAAAAAUCGAAUGCAGAUACUAUCAUUAAUAUAGUGAAUUAUAUAAAAAUUAACGGAAUUAUAUACAAUGCAUUUAUGGACUCAGAGACUAUAUUUCAGAAUAUACUGCGUGAGACGACGAGAACAUUUGCAAACGAGAAUCCAACACCCUGGGAAUUGCACGAAUUUAAAAUAACGAUGCUUAAUUUUACGAGUCAUUAUUUGAAGAAAGUUAAGCUGUAUCGAAUAAAUUAUGGCAUAUUGGCCGUCGCUUGCAUUGAACAUGUCCUUUACCCCAAGGAUGAUGAUCGAUAUAUGAAGAUAUAUCGUGGCGAAUAUCAAAAGGUGAUCGAAGCAUAUAAUAAACUGUGUGAUCUUCCUGUAAAAAAUAAACCCGUCGAUGACACAGUAAGAUCGGCUAGAUCUUUCUUUAAUUUCAAAAAUCGUAUAAAAAACAAUGAUGCAUACUUAUCAAUCGUAAGAAGGUAUUUGAGAGACAUUGACAUUGAUGAGGAUGAUGACGAGAAGCAAUACAUAAAGGAAAAAGCAAAAGAAUUAAUUCAUGAAGGAUGUCAUCGACAGCCGGCAGAGAAUAGAAUUGAUCCCAUCGGAAACAUUCCUCCUAUGUGAGCAGUAGCCUCGUCCAUCUUCACGAAUAAUUUCAUCGACCAAUCCUCUGCAAUUCUUUACUGACUAGAUUUUAUUAGCAAGAAUCUCAAAUUCUAACCUCUGACUUGUACAAAUAAGAGAAAUUCGCGAUAUUUUUUAUUAUUAAAAAAAUAUCCACGAUUUCGUCGGACAAAAAGUAUGAAAAAAUGUAUUAAAGAGUAUAUGAGUGAAAUUGACAAUUUCCGAAUCCUGAUAUGACACGAAAAAGCUUUACAGAUGCAGUUGCACUGGCUGCAAUAGAAAUUAACAAACAAUCGCUUGUUAAUUAUGAAUAAAAUUGUAUUUUUCAUAUGAAUGAAUUUUCAUAGCAUUGUUCAGUUAAUGAAAUGACAAAUUAAUACAAA